AUGACGAACUCAGGCAGUAUUUGCUUGCCACAUGAUGAGUUUGAAAUGUACAGGAUGGUAGUAUCAGAAGGAGUUGUUGUUGUUGUUGAUUUCAAUCAGUACAAGUUACAAGUAAGAUCUUACAUACUCGAGGAUUCAAGUAUACACGACACGGCACAAAUCAAGGAUAACUUUAUCAUUCAUUACCUUUACUAA